UCAAAAAAAAGUCAAAAGAACCUGUUCUACCAAUUUGCCAAAGCCUCUCUUAGAUCGAUAUCGAGCUAGAUCAAAGUUCAAACUGCUCCUAGCUAUGGAAAGAACUAGUAGUUUCGCUAUGCAGCCCCCAACCUUCGGAAACCUAAUCACUGUUCUGAGCAUCGACGGAGGUGGAAUAAGAGGGAUUAUCCCAGGAACCAUCCUUGCUUUCCUUGAGUCUGAACUUCAGAAGCUGGAUGGUGAAGAUGCAAGACUCGCAGACUAUUUCGAUGUGAUUUCAGGGACAAGCACAGGUGGUCUUGUAACAGCCAUGCUCACAGCUCCAAAUGAGAAUAACCGUCCACUAUUUUCUGCCAAAGAUAUCAAGGACUUCUACCUUACGCACUCCCCCAAAAUCUUCCCCCAGAAGAGUGGUUGGCUGUUUCCUCGUGCUAGAAAGAUCAUCAAAGCUCUAGCAGGACCCAAAUACGAUGGCAAGUAUCUGCACGGCUUGGUUAGGGAAAAACUUGGUGACAAGAAACUGAACCAAACGCUGACUAAUGUUGUCAUUCCUGCAUUUGACAUAAAGAGUCUCCAGCCGGCUAUCUUUUCUAGUUUCGAGGUGAAAAAUAAGCCUACAUUUGAUGCCCUACUCUCGGAUAUAUGUAUUGCAACCUCAGCGGCACCAACUUAUCUUCCAGCUCAUUUUUUUAAGACCAACGGCCUCAAUGGAGAAGUUAGAGAGUUUCAUCUGAUUGAUGGUGGAUUGGCAGCAAAUAAUCCAACUUUGGUUGCUAUUGGUGAAGUAACGAAGGAAAUCAUUAAGGGGAGUUCAGACUUCUUUCCUAUAAAACCAAUGGACUAUGGACGAUUUCUGGUGAUAUCACUAGGAACUGGUUCAUCGAAAGCUGGACUCAAAUACAAUGCUCAUGUUGCCUCUAAAUGGGGUGUCUUGAAUUGGUUAACCAGCGGUGCUUCCACCCCAUUGAUCGAUGCUUUCAGUCAAGCAAGUGCUGAUAUGGUCGAUUUGCAUCUUUCUGGGGUCUUCAAAGCCCUUCACUCGGAGAAUAACUAUCUUCGAAUUCAGGAUGACACUCUGAGUGGCGAUGUAUCUUCUGUAGAUAUAGCAACACAGAAGAAUCUGGACCGUCUUCUCAAAGUUGGUGACGGACUAUUGAAGCAACCAGUCUCCAGGGUUAAUUUAGAGACGGGCAAAUUCGAAGCUUGUAAUUAUGAGACUAAUGCCAUGGCUCUUAUAAGGUUUGCAAAAUUGCUAUCUGAAGAGAAAUGUCUUCGCCUCGCAAGGUCUCCCCAAGGACAUGUUGCAAAGUCCCACUGAUAUGUCCAAAGUCUACGAGGAAGUAGUCUAUAUGUUUAUAUAUAUAAUGUUUGAAGUAAUAAGAGAUUUGUUUGUAAUCUCAUAUCGUGAUUGAAUAAAACUAAUAAAGGUAGCCACCAGAUGAAGGUGGAAACCCUAAUUGUUUCU